CAUCAGUUCGACAUCACGACAAACGACGAGCACCAGACCUCCUUGUAUAUCGGUUACUUGAGAGGGCGGAAGCUACACAACAGACACGAUGCCUUCCGAAAGUGGUCACAGAUUAUACGUCAAGGGACGUCACCUGAGCUACCAGCGCUCUCGUAACAUCACCCACCCUGGCACCAGCCUGAUCAAGAUCGAGGGUGUUGACAGCACAAACGCUGCCAACUUCUACCUCGGCAAGAAGGUCGCCUUCGUCUACCGUGGCCAGAAGGAGAUCCGCGGCACCAAGAUCCGUGUGAUCUGGGGCAAGGUUACCCGACCACACGGUAACUCUGGCGUUGUCCGCGCCAAGUUCGCCAAGCCUCUUCCCUCAAAGUCUUUCGGUGCUUCCGUUCGCGUCAUGUUGUACCCCUCGUCGAUAUAAACCGGAUUUCGGAUUGGAGUUGGUAGUGAGGGCGGUUCUCAUUUGGUUGCAUUGGUCGAGGCAAGGGUAAAGCAUAUCGCCUUGCUUUGAGGCAUUCAAUUAAAAAAGACGUCAAAUUCCCAACUUCGAAAGGUUCUUGGGCAUCUGUGACUUGACACCAAUUCUUCUUCCUUCUUCUUUUUUCCCCCUCAAAAAAUUGGCGCCUGUCUUGUUACUCGGUCUCUGGGCUUUUUUUCUCGUGUAUCCAUCCAGCAGGAACUGCCCAUCUUCUGAUGGCUUGCAAUUCGAAGAAAUUGCGCAUAAAAAGAAAACAAAGAAAAAUGAU